UGUUUUUCCCCCUCCUCAAAGCCUACCAAAUCCAAGAAAUUGAAAUCCAACAGACCCACUGGGAGUUCAAAAACACCCAAGAACAGAUCAAGUGCUAAAUCCACCAAGAAAGAGGUGGACAUCCUCAGUCCAGCUGCCAUGGAGAAUGUCUACUACAUUUCUCAUAAUGCAGUAGAAUGUCUGGAGUGCAGAGGCUUUGGCUGGCCAAAUGCAAAUAAAAAGAAAAAGAAGGGCACAAAACAGAAGAAAAAGUAGACCAUAUUUUCCAAAUCUAAUUGGGUUAGGGAUGGUUCCAUUUAAAUGCAAAGACUAUAAAGUAUUAUCAGCAAAUCUAUUGAAAGCCAAAUGAUUAACAAUUGUGUUUAUUACUAUCACAAAAGGUUUGGCAGCUUUUUUGGACAGUUGGGAACCUUCUUAAAGAAAAUAUCAAAAAUUGGUAGAAUACAACAUAUCAAUGCAAAUGAAUGCUGUUUCAGUCAUUUUAGAUAACAUUAUGUACACCUAAUGGGGAGAUACAUGGAGGUCAUGUAUAUACCAUCACAGUGCAUGAUAGAGAAGGCUAGCUCGCAGUGCAUAAAGUGAUCCUACUUGUUAGCUGUAAUGUUAAUUAAAUCCAGUUUAUAUAUAUAUAUAUAUAUGUAUAUAUGUAGCUA